CCUCCCUUCCCACGCCCCAGUGCGCUGUGGGAUAGUGGCACUAUAAAGUAUAUCCUCUCUCGGAGAAAGAUAAGAAGAAGCCCGAGACAGACAGAUCAGGAGGGGGAUGAAGAUGGCGGACGCCAAGCAGAAGAGGAAUGAGCAGUUAAAGCGGUGGCUGGGCUCGGAAACGGACCAGGAGCCUCCUGUUCUGAAGAAGAAGAAGACGAAGGUGAAGUUCGACGAUGGCGCCGUGUUUCUGGCCGCCUGCUCGAGCGGCGAUACCGAGGAGGUGCUCCGAAUGCUUGACCGAGGCGCUGACAUCAACUACGCCAAUGUGGACGGUCUCACCGCCCUCCACCAGGCAUGCAUAGACGACAAUGUUGACAUGGUGACUUUCCUGGUGGAGCACGGAGCCGGCAUCAACCAGCCGGACAAUGAGGGCUGGAUCCCCCUACACGCUGCAGCCUCCUGUGGAUACCUGGACAUAGCGGAGUAUCUCAUCAGCCAGGGUGCCAGUGUAGGAGUUGUGAACAGUGAAGGAGAGACACCUCUGGACAUCGCUGAAGAGGAGGCGAUGGAGGAGCUCCUUCAGAAUGAGAUCAACAGACAAGGGGUGGACAUCGAGGCGGCCCGGAAAGAGGAGGAGCGGGUCAUGCUGAGGGACGCCCGGCAGUGGCUCAACAGCGGCCAGAUCCAAGACAGCCGGCACACCAAGUCCGGAGGAACGGCGCUCCACGUAGCUGCUGCGAAGGGAUACGUCGAGGUUUUAAAGCUUUUAAUCCAAACAGGGUAUGAUGUAAAUAUUAAGGACUACGAUGGCUGGACUCCUCUACAUGCGUCGGCACACUGGGGCAAAGAGGAGGCCUGUAGGAUACUGGUGGAGAAUCUAUGUGACAUGGAUCUCAUCAAUAAAAUGGGCCAGACAGCUUUUGACGUAGCAGACGAAGAUGUUCUUGGAUACUUAGAAGAACUACAAAAGAAACAGAAUCUGCUGAUAGGCGACAAGAAAGACGUUAAGAAAUCUCCUUUGAUUGAAACGACAACCACCGGGGACAACAACCAAUCACUGAAGCCGCUCAAGAGCAAAGAAACGGUGCUUCUGGAGCCAGAGAAGAUCGCCCCACGCAUCGAGACCUCGGAACCGGAGAAGGUGGAUGAAGGAGAGGAGGGGAAGAAGGACGAAUCGAGCUGCUCCAGUGAGGAAGAGGACGACGAGGAUUCAGAGUCGGAGACGGAAGCAGACAAGAGCAAGCCGUCAGCGUCGGUGAGCAACAGCACGACGCCCGCCCCGACCGGCAUCACCGUGUCGCCUCCAACCAGCCCAACCAACCAGGUGACAACCCCCACUUCACCGGUAAAUAAGUUUGAUUGUGUUACUCCCCUCAUGCCUGUGGCGGAGCCAGGCUGUCCUGCAUUGUGGCGUCAAGGCUUGCGCAAAACUGGCAUUUCUCUAGCGCCCAAAAAACCUAUGCCCACUCAGCCUGCUGGAAAGGUCUCGACUAAAGUGGAGGAGGAGAGGAAGGACGAGUCUCCGGCGUCGUGGCGGCUGGGUUUGAGGAAGACGGGCAGCUACGGGGCGCUGGCCGAGAUCACCGCCACCAAGGAGGCUCAGCGGGAGAAGGACACGACCGGGGUGAUGCGCUCGGCCUCGAGCCCUCGCCUCUCCUCCUCUCUGGACAACAAAGAGAAAGAGAAGGAAAAGGAUAAAGGAACUCGUCUCGCCUACGUGGCCCCGACCAUCCCCAGGAGACUCGCCAGUACUUCAGACAUUGACGAGAAGGAGAACAGGGACUCCACUGCUCUGAUACGCAGCGGCUCGUACACCCGGCGGCGCUGGGACGACGACCUGAAGAACAGCGAAGGAAGCGCCUCCACCAACCGAACCCCCAGCUACCAGCGCAGCACGUCCCACACGCUAGCACUAGGGCGGAGCGGCAGCACGCGGGACGUGCCAGCCAAGUCUUCGUCCACCUCCAGCUUGGACCCUAACACCUGUAACACUAAACCCUGGCAGCCACCCACCUCCCACUACCAGUCUUACAGCAUUUACCGCAGCGGCUCUUUUGGCAGAAGACACGAGGACCUGAGUUCCUCGACCACCUCCUCCACGACGACCACCUCCUCAUCUGUUACCUCGCCCACUGGCCAUCGCGGCCUGCUCUCCAGCCUGGGCUCCUCCACCCGCCCUGGCUCCACCAGUCUCACCAGCAGGUACUGGUCAGAGGAGAGUGCAGAGAGAGAAAAGGACAAGGAGAAGGAGUCUGCUGCAGUCAUCCCCACGAUGAACACCGGCUCCACUACGACCAGCACAUCGACCACUACCACCAGCGCCAUAUCUACCACCACCACCACCACGGGCAUCGUCACUGGCUCUGAGAGACGCCGGUCAUACCUGACGCCAGUGCGAGAUGAGGAGUCAGAGUCCCAGAGGAAAGCUCGCUCCAGACAAGCUCGACAGUCAAGGAGGUCCACCCAGGGUGUGACGCUGACUGACCUGCAAGAGGCGGAGAAAACAAUCGACAGGAGUCGUACCCCAAAGACCCGAGAGGAGGAGAAGGAGGAGAAAGAGAAGCAGGACAAGGAGAAGCAGCAGGAGGAGAAGAAAGAGAUGGAGGUCAAGGAAGACGAUUACCGAUCGAAGUACCGCAGCUUCGAAGAGCGCUACCGGCCUUCGUCUUCCUCCUCUACCUCGGCCAUUUCCACAGUCAGCACUGCCUCCACCCCGUACACUAGCACCGCUUUGUCCUCCAGUUCCAGCUCCCUCAACAGGCCCAACAGUCUCACGGGCAUCACCUCCUCCUAUAGCCGUUCCUCCAGAGACACAGAAAAAGAAAUAGACAAACGGGAGGAGGAGAAGGAGGGAGAGGACAAGUCUCAGCCUCGCUCCAUCCGGGAUCGCAGGCGGCCCCGCGAGAAGAGGCGCUCCACCGGCGUCUCCUUCUGGACCCAAGAUGGUGAUGAAAAUGACCCUGAUCAGCUGUCGGACUCAGAGGAAGGCAGCACCAAGGGAGAGCCACAGAGUGACAGAUUGUCCAGGAACGAGAGCACUUCAUCAAUAGAUCGCAACGACAUUCUCUUCAGCCGUGGCUACGGGGAGAGUCGGAGGACGUACUCGAGCCGACUGGACAGAGACGACGCCACUGACUACAAGAAGCUCUACGAGCAGAUCUUAGCUGAGAACGAGAAGUUGAAGGCCCAGUUACGUGACACAGACGUGGAGCUGGCCGAAUUGAAGCUACAACUAGAGAAGGCCACACAGAGGCAGGAACGCUAUGCCGACCGAUCACAGCUUGAGAUGGAGAAAAGGGAAAGAAGAGCUCUAGAAAGGAAGAUUUCUGAGAUGGAGGAGGAACUUAAGAACCUCCCCCAGGUAAAGCAGGUUCAGGCCCUGCGGCAGGUUAAGGAGCGGCUGCAGGCUGAGAACCGGGCCCUGUCCCGAGUGUUGGCAAAGCUCUCGCAGUCCGCCUGCAGCCAGCUGCCCACCGUCGACCUCUAAGCUACGUCCGUCUGUCCACCACCUCCUCCUCCUCCUCCUCUUUCUUCCUCACCUUCCCCCUCCCCAAACCCCAUUCUUCUCAUGCUCCAUUCGUGCUCUGCCCGCACCCAUAGACAGGCAGGUGCCCAGCCGCUCAACCACCUCUGGUUUUGUAAACUUUCAGCCCCCUCUGCCUCCCCAGAGCUUUUGGUUUUCAGAUUGGGGAGGGUGUUGUUUUUAGUUCUUACAACAGGACACUCUCCUUCUACAGAACAGUAUCUAAAAACAUCCUAAACCAACAUGGUAGAUAAAACAAGCCCCGGGUAAGUAUGUCAGCUGUCUGAACUGACUCCAUUGAAUCAGAGUUUGCUGUAAAGGAAAGUGUCCUCUGUAGUUUCUCGUUGUGACGCUUCCAUCAGAGGGAGCGCACGUCUUCAGUUUGGCUUGUUCUGGCUUCUUUGCAUGAACUGGCUUCCCUGUAAAUCUUCAGAGACUGAAACUUUAUUUCUUUAUUUUUUUCUUUCUUUACUCCCCAAAUUUUUAAUUUGACAGAUGACAUCAACAAAUCUAAAAGUGAGCUGCAUGGACCGACAGCAGUGUAUAAAGUAACUCGCUCUACGUCAGGACAUGAAUAUCUAAGCUAGCGGUUGAUCGUCAUCUGUAUUAAAUGAGUUUGUUUUUAAGGGGACUGAAUUCUCUUGUUGUUGAGUGUCGGUGUUGAUCGUGAUUUUUCUACUGAAAGUUGUCGUCAUCACAGCAUCUGCACAUUCUUCUUUAAAGAAGAGCAAAACACCAGUUCACGUAGUAAAGUCUGUAAUCAAGUAGAAUUAAAGUCACACCGCUGCACAAAUAGGUGGAUUUUUCAGGAGUGCGACUGUGACUUUACUCAUCUGCAGUCAGAUAAAGUCUCGUUCUAACGAUAAACAUCCAAAAAGAGGAUGUUGUGGAGCGUUAACUCGGAUACUAUGGAACCCGGCAGGUGUCACGUUGAGGAAAGAUGCCUUCUGCUCUUAAAUUAUCUCCAAUAAUCUCAUCUUGACAUAUGCUUAAUGGAUGUUCCCAGAUGUUGUUUAACGAGCUACGGAAAUCUGACGCAUAUCCAAGGUCCUCAGAUUCAAUAGAGAUCUGCAUUGAAUCCACGUGUUUCAUUCAGAUUAGAGUCUCCUUGGUGGAGCCCAGAGGCACCCACCUGUCACUCAAAGGGGCCCUUAAUUCAUCAGAACUUUAUGCCUUAAUAUGAUGUAAACGGGUGAGUUUAUAUUAGAAAGUUCACUCCCGUACAGUUGUCAUGAAGGAAGAUAUCGGCUAUAGACCAAAUAGUUUUUUCUACCAAAGUGUAAACAUGUGAAGUUGGGUCUGUUGGGAGUUUUGGAGCCAUUUUUACAGGAACAUUGGCUUCAUUUUUCAGCACUUUGGUUCCACUACAACGCUGUAAACAGUCUGUGCACACAAGUAGCCUCCAAAGCUGAAACAACAGCCAAUGUAGCAUCACAGCUGUACCGUUGAGCGUCUGUAAUAAAAACGAUAACAUAAUGAUAUUUACAUGGUCAUAUGACCAAUCAAAGAGUGUCUCCUGCCACCCGCUGGGCUCUCUGAAAUCCUAUUCGAUGAUCCAAAAGUGACUUUGUGCGUCUCUGCUGUGUUUAAUGGCUGCUGGUGAGCAGCUGUUCAGAUGCUGCAUGGCUUCCUCCAGACCUUUGGCCCGUGGUGUGCCCGCUUUUACUCUUUUUACUGAGAACCAGGAAGUGUUUUUUUAUUUAUUUGUUUAAAGGGGAAAAUAAAACAUGAGAGAUGCUGUGUGACUCCAAGAUUGCAAGGCUGUAAUUAACAGUUUGUGGCCUGACUGGUGUAACGACUCGGUGUAUCGGUCGAGACUUGUCUAAGCCUUCUCUGUCUCUCUCUCUCUCUCUCUCUCUCUCUCUCUCUCUCUCUCUGUGUGUGCGUCUCCU